AUGUCCAGCAGUUCUUCGUGUUUGCCCUGCCUCAAUGCGAGGCAGACGGCGGCAGGUGGCCGGGUUGUGCUCAAUGUUGGGGGGCACCACUUCACCACAACGCGGUCGACCCUGACAACCGGGAGAGCGGCGGGGUCACGGCUGUCCGACAUCGUCUCGGGGCCAUGCGAUCAGGAUGGAUCCUACUUCCUUGACCAUGAUGGGGAGCAGUUCCAUUUCGUACUUAGCUUUCUUCGCCAUGGGCCGGAGCUUUUCGUACCUCCAGAGACUUCCGUGGCGCUGCUCACACUGCAGUCGGAGGCCAAGAUGCUGGGACUUACGGCCUUGGCGGAGCUUCUGGAGAGAAAGAAGCCGCCAAGAGCUCACGAAGCCCAGCCUGGCGCAUAUGUGAAUGCCGAGGACUACAUGGGUGCUCCUCAUCCAGAGAAUGAGGCCGAGAGAAUGGCUAAGCUGCAGUCCCUGAAAGUUGUGGACACAGUGAAUGUUGACACUGAUUACGACAACAUUACUCGAGCAGUUGCCGCAAUUUUGCAGGUUCCGAUCUGCCUCGUGUCCUUGGUUGCGGAAGACAGGCAGUGGUUCAAGUCCAAGUGCGGGCUGUCUGCAGACGAAACACCCAGGACCUGCAGCUUUUGUGCCUACACGUUGCUUCCCGAGGCCAUCGAGGACGCCCGGGUGCUCCUCGUGCGGGAUGCCAGACACGACCUGCGCUUCAUGAAGAACCCUCUAGUGAUUGGAGAGCCAUACAUUCAGUUCUACGGAGGCUGCCCUUUGGUGACAUCGGAAGGGCUUCGUCUGGGAUCUCUGUGUGUCAUCGACCGGGUGCCCAGAGACCUUCGACCACAAGAGGUGGGUCUUCUCAUCAACUUUGCGCAUUUGGUCGUUCAGGCCCUGGAGGACCAGCACUUAGAGAAACUGCAGCAAGAGCUGCAGGACAAGGAUGCGGAUCAGGAGCCCACUGAAGACGAAGUCCAGUGGUAUGGCGGAAAGCUGCGAGAAAGGGCGAUGCUUGAUGCACGUGAAGCCGCCAUCGUGCUGGUCUGGGCUCGGCCCGAUUCGAUGGAGUGGACCCUGUUCUUUGCGAACAAGGCCUUCAAGGAGCUGACCGACGUCGAGGUGAUUGCGCCGCAGAAGUUCCCGGGCCGGCCAUGCGUGGAGGUUGGUGGAAAGACCACCACACAAGAGUCGCUUUGGGACCACAUCCGCCUGGUCUCCCGCGAGUCCAGUCAGGUGAUGGAACUCUGGAAAGUCGUGGCGGUGGCAAUGUCAGGCAAGAAGCUGGAUACCAAGCCCGGCGGUUGUUCCGCUCAGGCGACGGUCAAGCAUCCUGCGCAAUCGGCGCGGCUGAAGAAAGGCAGGAUCCUCUUGAAUUGCCGCUUCACUCCGGCAGAGGUGCCCAUCAGCGAGACCGCAGCGGCGGUGGAGAACCCUGGGCUGACGUCGACUCACCAGUGGCCCAAGCCAAGAGGAUGGCUGGGUGAUGGCCACUGGUUCUUCGUCCAAAUGAUGCCUGAGCAAGUCGAAGGCGCCGUGCCUGGAGAAGCCAGCGCUGCGCCUGAUUCUCAGGCGCCGGAAAAGCUGGCGGCAAGACAGGUAUCACCGCUGUCUUCAGGCAACAACGUCACCAAGACGCCCACUUCACCCUUUCGGGACGUGCGCCUGGUGCGUCUCGUCGGACAAGGAUCAUUUGGCUCGGUUUACUUCUCGCUUUGGAGUGGUGCAGCCGUCGCGGUCAAGAUGAUCAAGACGGUCCUACCCACAGGGAAAGAUAUUGAGGACAUCGACACAAAUCCCCACUACGAGGCUGUGCUGUCCGUGUCGAUUUCGCAUCCAAACCUGGUCCAGACCUUCAAGCACGGAGGCAGAGUGAAGUCCCUGAGUGCCAAUGCCGGAGACGAGGCAAAGGACAUCGCCAACGUCUUUGAAACCUGGAUCGUCCAGGAAUGGUGUGACGGCGGCACUUUGCGUGGACGCUGUGUAAGCCCAAGGCUCCACGACCAGGACCUGCUAGAGGCCUUGGAGAUAUGCAUCGAGAUCGCGCGAGCCGGCCAGUAUUUGCAUGACAUCAACAUCAUCCACGGCGACCUGACCGGCAACAACGUUCUCCUCAAGUCCAUGCCGGUGCCGAAGGGCUACGUCUGCAAG